UUAAAUUAUUUAUUUUGUUGGGAUAUUGUACUUUUGACAGUGCCAGCUAAAAAUGGAAAACAGUAAUGAGCACGAAAGCUAGAGAGAGAAAUGGGCGGUCGGAGAAGAGAAAGGAGAGAGUGAUUUUGAAUCCAUCAUUCAAUCUCUUCAAUCCCCAUACCUUCCUCUCCUCCAUCAAAUUCCAAAUUCCUUCUCCUCCUCAUAAUUUUUAAUACUAUUCAGACCCCUCAAGCUCAUACCAUCUUACACAUACACAGAGGGAGGUAGAAUCCUUCACUUUCCUUUUUCUCAUACAUACCAUAAAGAGAUCCAAUUCAAUCCAAUCAAUUUUCUCUCUUUGACUGCCAAACUCUUCCCCCAAGAUUUCUAGAGAAGGAAAGUUUGGUUUUUUAUUGUUUUUAGUUUUGUCCCUUUUUAGAGAGAGAGGACUUUCUUUGGGUGUUAUGUAGGGAAGUUUUUGGAUAGAGAAAUGUUGGCAAUGGAGAAGGAUUUUGAUGCCAAGCUUAGCAUUCAGGGGAACAAUUCUUCCAAUGGAGGCAACACCAUGCUGAGAUCUAAGAGCUUCGCCUUUAGGGCUCCCCAGGAGAAUUUCACCAUCCAGGAUUUUGAAUUGGGCAAGAUGUAUGGCGUUGGUUCUUAUUCAAAGGUUGUGAGGGCAAAGAAGAAGGAUACAGGAAUUGUAUAUGCUUUAAAAAUCAUGGACAAGAAGUUCAUUACCAAGGAAAACAAGACAGCUUAUGUGAAGUUGGAACGUAUUGUGCUUGAUCAACUUGACCACCCUGGAGUUGUGAGGCUAUUUUUCACUUUUCAGGAUGCAUUUUCACUAUACAUGGCACUGGAAUCCUGUGAAGGGGGAGAACUUUUUGACCAAAUAACAAGAAAAGGGCGUUUAUCAGAGGAUGAAGCUCGAAUCUAUGCGGCAGAAGUUGUAGAUGCGCUUGAAUAUAUUCAUAGUAUGGGAUUGAUACAUCGCGACAUUAAGCCAGAGAACUUGCUAUUUGCUGCCGAUGGGCAUAUUAAAAUUGCUGAUUUUGGAAGUGUAAAGCCUAUGCAGGAUAGCCGCAUCACAGUCCUUCCUAAUGCAGCCUCAGAUGAUAAGGCAUGUACAUUUGUGGGGACGGCUGCAUAUGUCCCUCCAGAAGUCCUGAACUCUUCUCCUGCAACUUUUGGAAAUGACCUCUGGGCACUUGGCUGCACCUUGUACCAAAUGCUUUCAGGAACUUCUCCCUUUAAGGAUGCAAGUGAAUGGCUUAUUUUUCAAAGAAUUAUUGCCAGAGAUAUACAAUUUCCUAAUUAUUUCUCAGAUGAAGCUAGGGACCUUAUUGAUCGGUUACUGGAUAUAGAUCCUAGCAGACGACCUGGUGCUGGACCUGAUGGUUAUGCUGAACUUAAGUUGCAUCCCUUCUUUAAGGGAGUUGACUGGGAUAACUUAAGAUCACAAACACCCCCAACGCUUGCAGUGGAGGCAUCUGUCCAAUCAGGUGAGGGUGAUGAUCACCACGAUUCUUCAUGGAAUCCUACCCAUAUUGGGGAUGGUUCAGUUAGACAGAAUGAUGGAAAUGGUGGUGCCUCAGCAUCUUCUGAAUUGUCUGGCCAUGUAACCAGGGUUGCCUCUAUUGACUCCUUUGAUUCGAAAUGGCAACAAUUUUUGGAGCCAGGAGAAUCUGUUCUUAUGAUCUCAAUGGUGAAGAAAAUACAGAAAUUAUCAAGCAAGAAGGUGCAACUUAUCCUCACCAAUAAACCAAAAUUAAUUUAUGUGGAUCCUUCAAAACUUGUUGUUAAGGGUAACAUUAUCUGGUCUGACAAUUCUAAUGAUCUCAGCAUCCAAGUCAUUAGUCCAACCCAUUUCAAGAUUUGCACGCCAAAGAAGGUAAUUUCAUUUGAAGAUGCAAAGCAAAGAGCAUGGCAGUGGAAAAAGGCAAUAGAGGGUCUUCAAAACCGGUGAUACAGUAUUAUCAAAGGUUUUGAAGCAGAUUUUUUGGAUUUUCUGCUAGUAUAGAGAAACUUUGGACGCCGAAACAACCAUUUGUUGGAUGAAAGUGACUCAGUUUCAGAUCACUCAGUUCAAAGACUGCUGAUUUCAUUCAAGCUCUCCUGCACUCUUGUUGAGAACUGGGUUUAUCAUGAUUGUUUAUGACCACCACUAUAGCUUUAUAUUGAAAUGAAAGUACAAUUUGAAACCCUAACAUGGGGUUUGAGAGGUGGGGCUAAAUCUCCAUCCAUCACUUUUUCUUGUAACAAAAACAUUCCAACCAUUAAUGAUAAUUUCUU